GACAAGCUAGUCUUGCAGCCACCACAAUAGAUCCCACCUGAUUAGAUCUAGACUAGUAUACUUCUGUUCUCAGGAAGGAAAAGCACACCAGACACGAAAACAGAGUAUAGUGUCAUUUUCAGAUGCAUCUCUGUUGUAAUCAAUACAUUGCAUGUUAACUGUUGUUUUAAUCACUUUCAGUAUUAGAUCUAUCAGCUAUAAUUUAUAAUAAACAACCUUAUAAUUAAUAAGCGGUUUCUGUGUUACAGUUAUGUGUGGCAGAUGGUGUGUGUGGUGGAUUCAUUGAGAUUGCUGUGCUUACCGUGCACUCUCCUUAUAGUCAAAUCUGAUUAUAAGUCUGUCCAUUCUAAGAAGCAUUGGUGUGUACAUACAUACUAUGGACUGGAGUGCUGCAAGUAUUUGUGGCAAUCAUGCACUUUCAGUAUUAGCUAAAUAAACACAAUGCAUUCUGUGAUAUUUACAGUUCUAGCCAGUAUAGCUGUCAUGACAGCAAGUGGAGGAGUGCUUACUCUGCAUCUAUACAGCACCAAUAUUUUCAGUGAACACAGUUCUAGCCAAUAUAGCUGUCAUGACAGCAAGUGGAGGAGUUCUUGUCUUUCUCUGCAUCUAUGGCACCAAUAUCGUGUUCUCUGCACACACAGAGGUAGGAGCGGCUCCUACUUUCAACAGUGAGCAAGAAGAUGUGGUUGUCUUUGCAACCAAUGAAGAUGGGUCUAAUUCAGAUCUUAGCCUACAAUGCGAUGUUACCGGGACCCCUACACCUACCGUGACUUGGUACAGGGGAGAUGAUGUGGUUGACGCUGGCUUUAUGCUUUCUAAUGGUAACUUCUUGUUUCAAAAUAUCACUGAGGGAGACUAUGCUUCCACGGCUGGAGUUAUCUAUCACUGUGAGGCUACUAACAUCAUUGGAGAGCCUGGCUUCAAUGCAACCAUCCGCAGUAGAGACAUCACUGUCCACUAUGCAUUUUUCGGUGGUUUUAUGCCAGCUGAAACAGUGCGUACAUUUAUACCGACUGCACUUCCUACUUCUGGAUUUGGUACCGACAUAGCUCUUGAGUGCAAGAUUGGGGACUCGCAGCCACCUUUUGACAUUGUGUGGUAUCAAAACGGUACACCUUUAGUUGAGAACACAGUCACUAAUGACGUAAGGUUUCUAGAGGGUGGAAGAUGGGCCUAUAUUCGAGAUAUUGAGACUUUCCCACGCGAUUAUCACUGUAGAGUAAGCAAUGCUCGAAUGCACGAACUAGUGAGAAGCCCUCAGACAUAUUUUGUCAACGGUACUGGACUAGUAGAUGGAAUGGAUUUUGUGUACAAGGAAAUAGGAAAUCUCACAGCUUUUUCUACAGAGGAAAAGAACGAGAACUUUGAGUUCAGCUAUGUUUCUUCACAAGGGACACUAAAUCGUGUUUGUGCUUUCUCUAAUAUUGGUGGUUCCAACGCUAAUUCCAACGCAGCAGUGGGUACGAUCCCUAACUUACCUGCUCCCCCAGCUGUAGUCACCCUGCAAUGCAGAUCUGACCAAGUCACUAUUAUCAGUAGUGGAACACUUACAGUACAACGGAAAGCCGUGAUAACAAUGGAUCCCCUGGAGGCGAACGUUCGUGAAGUGAUUGUAGGACGAGGCCCAGCUACCUCCUUCUCCUGUGCCAACACUGGCUACCCUGCAACCUCAACAGCGUGGUACUUUAAUGGAAUUGAAAUUGACUCUUCAUUCGUUGGAAUUGUCUUUGACGACACUAUGCUGACUAUUGCAAACCCUCAAGUCAGUCACUCUGGAGUGUACCAGUGCUUUGUCAGUAAUACAGUGUCUGAAGACAAUGCUGCCUGGUUGUUGGAGGUCAGAGCUCCAGCUGCACCCACUGCCCUGGCUUUCAAUGAGACUGACAUUGGAGCAGUGAGAGACAGACAAGUUGGUACUCUCUUUAUGGGUGACUUUAGGACCAUGGUCCCAGUGCCUGUAUCUGUGGAGGCUAACCCAUGCCCGAGUGUACAGUGGUCCUUCAAAGGCUCUACCAUUGCUAACGGAGACCAGUACACUAUCACCAACCCUUGCAGUGAUGUUAAUGCGACAUCUCCCUUCACGUUUAUGUUGACCGUGACUAAUCUGACCAAUGAAACAUCAGGGGCUUAUUCUGUUAUCUUCAGCAAUCUUGCUGGAAGCAGGGUUCUUCCAGACUUGUACAUUACUGUACCAGUUCCCACUAGCGAUCCAAUUUCUUCAUUAAGCUUGUCAGUUAUUGAUAACCCUGUUGUUACGUGUCUACUCAAUGCCAGUACUGUCACCAUGACUUGCCAAACCAACGGCUUCCCACGGCCUUCAGUACAAUUCCUAAAAGGGCGAGAAACCAUCACUCCAGGAGUUGGGACCUUUCAAAGAGUCUCCCAAUCCUUUGCCGACCAGAUACAACUGUCUGAUAUCUUAAUGGAAGAUGCAGGAACGUACAGAUGCGAACUUUCAAGUGAUUCUUCUGUAUUUUCCGAGAAGCCAUUUGUAUUUUGCACCGAUCCAGUUAUCACAAAUGUUAGUUCUACACCAAACACAAUAGUAGGCGUUAGACUGAAUAUAGAGUGUGAGGUCAGGGGCAUCCCCACACCUGACGUUACAUGGCGUAAAGAUGGCAAUGUGCUUUCUUCAGGAGAUGGUAUCGAUAUUUUCAGGCCUUCUGACAACCCAUUUUUAUCUCGAAUAAUUAUCGACAGUGCCACGCUAGCCGAUGCUGGUGUGUACACAUGUGUGGGGACUAAUGCAGCCGGAACAGUUUCCAUGGUAACCAGCGUGGAGGUCAUGAUAACUGAUAUGGACAUGCUAGAAGAACCAUUGAGUAUGGAGUUUAUUAUUGGACUGGCUAUUGGGAUUCCCACCAUCAUCCUCCUCAUAACUCUGGUUGUAAUAUUAUUAUUGCUCAGUUUAUUGCUCGUGAAGUCAAGGAAGAAAGGCGCUUACACUACAGACCCUGUCAUCUAUGACACUAUAGAAGACAACAGCUCCCCAAAUCCUGUUGUGAUAUCUGUAAACGCAGCAUAUGGUCUAGCAGAAGAGAACACAUCAGGUGGCAAUAAAGAAUAUGAAACCAUCGAAGGUAACUUCACUCCGGACCCUGUACUGACUUCUGACAACCCAGCGUACGGUUUAGAAGAGCCGGGGGCGAAAUGAAACUCUAGUUUAGAUCUAUAAGACUGGUUGUUCAAUGUAGUAUUUAAUGACUGUAAGUAUUAUACUAUUAUAGUUUUGUAUAAUUUUAUAGUUCCAGUGACAUUGUUUCUUUUAGUCAAAAUCAUAAUUGAUGUUGAUAAUGUAAAAAAUGAUAUAAUAAAAUUGCACUGAUCUAUAGUUCAGAGUACAUUGAUUCUGAGGGUGGUGCUCUGUUACUAGUAGCAUGAGCGUACAAGUGUUCCUUGUCUAU